UACUACGAACUCUUUGUGAAGCAUUAUCCUUGGGGUCGUCCUGGCGGCGGUGCGCCUAAUUUGGAUAUCAGACGCAAAGACAUCACAGCAGUUGGCCUGCAUUCCACGCCCACAAUUAGCACAAUGCAUCGGCUGAAUUCGUGGCAACCCUGUCGCUAUAAUGACUACUUCUCGCAGCGUAAAAAGUGUCACGAUCCUGCCACAUGCUACCACCAUCACUUGCAUCAUCACAUACCACCCCUGCCGCCUCCGCCGCCGCCGCACGUCACCACCCACACGCAUACCGUACAAACCACUACAGAGGCCUGCCAUCCGGGCAGUGUGCUGGCCCUUUGUGAACGUAGCGCUGGCGGCGAUGUUGGCGUUGGCGCAAAACUAGGUGCCACCAACACCAAUGCGGCGGCCAGCAGCAGCGGUGGCAUUGGUGUUGGUCUGGGCGCCACGAAAAAUGGUGAGACUCUGCAUAUAACGCUCAAAGAUCACCCAUCAAUGUCGUUUCGCAAUAAAGGACAUCUCGACAUUGAGGUGCGCUACAAGCCCGGUGCUGCUGCUGCAGGUGGUAAGGGGAAGCCGUUGCUGGAAAAGAUUGUGGUGUCGGACAGUGACAAGUGCCCGCUGGCGCAAGGCAUACACGCACAACCGGCAUUGAGGGGUUCGCCACGCAAGAAGAAGCUCAUUGCCAAGCUGGAAAAGCCGCCAAGUAAGGAUCCCUGGGGUAAGGCGGGUCCUGGUGGCAAACCGUGGCGCAGUCCGAAGACAGUCGGCAGUUCGUUCAUGAAGUCGCUGGGUUGGACCAACAAGGAGAUGCUCAAAGAUCUUGACCAAGAUAAUCCCGUCACGCCAGCCGAGAAGCCCACAUUCCGCAAAGUGCGUACCAAUAAAAAGGUUCAACGCUGUUGUGAUCUCUGCAUUUGCAGUUGUCCCGGCAUCGUGACAAAUAAGGGAUGUGGCGGCAUUGCUAUGGCAACACGAAAGAAACCACAUCAAAGCUCACCCAGCAAAGGCCAAAGCAAUACGACUACAACAAAUCCAACUGCACCAGCAACAACAACAGCUGCCGCUUUAAAGCAAAAAUACUGCCCGCGCUUUGUACGCCAUUGCGGUGCCACCAUGGACAACAACAAUUCCAAUAAUACAGAGACCAGUGCCAAUGUAGGUGGCGAAGGUGUUGAAUUGGUGCCACUGCUGGCACGUCGACGCGCCAAUACCCGCCCAGUCAGCCUGUCCAGCACGGAUGUGACAAAGCGCACCGCCUCCAAAGAUAGGUACGCAUGCAACAUGAUUAAUCGUAGCAAAUAUAUGCAGCAUUUGCAACAACUACACUGCAACAACAUUAGCCAUAGCCAUAGCCAUAGCCAUAGCCAUAGCAAUAACAUCAAUAUCAACAACAUGAACAACAACAAUAGCAACAGCAUUAGCAAAUGCAAGAAUAAACGCAUCAUCGCUAACAAAAUUUGCAAUUUUAGCAAUGCAAUCAUCGGCAACUGUCACAACAGCAACCAAAACAACAGCAAUAACAGCAAUGAGAAUAGUAGCAGCGGCACUUCAUGUUGCUUAAAGAAAUUCACUUUACAUAUUCGCUAA